AUGACGGCCAUUAUAGUAGAAAAAAGGAUGCUUCUGUUAACCUUCCUCUGUUUCACCGUAGAAGCCAUGGGCAGGGAAUCGAAAACUCUCCUCGAAAAGCAACUGUUAGCGGAGGAAAAGCUAAAACUGAUCAACAAACCUACACUGAAAAGCAUUCAGAGUGCAGAUGGUGACGUGAUAGACUGUGUGGAUAUUUACAAGCAACCGGCUUUUGAUCACCCACUUCUCAAAAACCAUAUCAUCAAGAUGAAACCCACUUACGAUCACUCCAGAAAGAGAAAUAAGGAUUCCUCUCAGGCUACUACUUCAGCGGGCCCAACGCCCACACAAACAUGGCAAAAGAGCGGACCAUGUCCCAAUGGAACAGUACCAAUCCUCCGGGUCCAACGCCAUCACUUGCUCAAUGCUCCUUCCAUUGAAAACUAUGGAAGAAAACCAUGGAAUGGGGUUGUCGAGCACGAGAUCCACUUAUCGAAUCAGACGAUAGCUGCCGGUAUCGAAGGCUUGCACGCAUAUGCAGUGCUAAUUGGAAGCGGAUACAACUACAUCGGCGCCAAAGCAAGCCUCGGCAUCUACAACCCCUGGGUCGGGGCCGACGACGAAUACACCACUUGCCAAAUUUGGCUAAGGCAUGGAGAGUAUAACAACUCAGAGUCCAUUGAACUUGGCUGGAUGGUAAACCCUAGUGUUUUUGGCGACAAGACGACGAGAUUUUUUGUCUACUGGACGACCGACUCAGGGAAGGAGACAGGCUGCUUCAACCUCCUUUGCCCAGGCUUUGUCCAGACGAGCAGCGAGAUAGCCCUCGGAGCUGCCUUUUCCCAUGUCUCCGGCGACGAACUUCAGUAUGAAUUCUCAGUAGAAGUAUGGAAGGACUUCGACGAGGAGAGAUGGUGGGUGGUGUACGGCGACACCACGGUCGGGUACUACCCAGCUUCCCUCUUCGGAGGGCUGUGGAGAACAGCCACGUUGGUGUUCUUCGGUGGAGACGUGUACAGUCCGAGGAUAUGGGAGUCGCCGCACCCGUCCACCGCCAUGGGCUCCGGCACCUUGGCCUCCUACCAUUUCAUGGACGCCGCCUUCAUUCGGCAGCCGAGGAUCAUGGACUUCUCCGGAUAUUACAAGUAUCCUGACCCAUUCGGCAUCUACGUGAACCAGGCAUACUGCUACAGUGCAGAGAAUUACGCAGAGAUUCUGUGGACGGAGCCCCUCCUCUACUAUGGUGGGCCGGGUUGGAACUUUCCCUACUGCCAGUAG